AUGUAUAAAGCACAAUCUCAAGGCAAGGAAAUCAGUUGGGGCUUCGCAGACACGAGAGAGCUGAGUGUGUGCUACCGAGCCAGGGCGUCCAGUCUAGAACAGAUUGAAACUUACAUAUCCUUCGCAGUCUCCAAAGAAAACGUGGAUGCUCUGGUUGUUAUGCGUAUAGGUUCUAAGCUGGACGUAUAUGUUCACGACGUUGGUCAGCCUGGCAUGGACAACCUAUACACAGACCUCGUCCUUCAUCGCUGGGAGCACCACUGUCACAUCUUCUCUCAGGGUAACUACAGUUCUUUCAUCAACGGUAAGAAGCGAGCCGGAGCACCACUCGUCGAACCGAACAUCCUGCUGCCUCUUAACAGCACGCUGUGUCUCGGCAUGGAGCAAGACUCUGUUGGCGGCGGCUUCGACAAGACGCAGAUCUUCCGCGGACACAUAACUCAGGUCAACAUCUGGAACAGGAAAAUCAGCGACCAAGAUAUCCUGGACAUCGCCACCUGCAGAAUAUAUGGCGAGGGGAAUGUCUUCUCGUCAGAUGUUGACAUUAUGGAAGAAGUGGGAACGACUCUGGAAUUUAUGCCACUUGAUAAACUAUGUGAACCGGAGAGUGAUUUCUUUAUCAUCCCAAUGAUGCUAAAUAUUUAUGAAGGAAGAAAAGCGUGCUACAGACUCGGCUAUGGUUUAUAUUCGCCCACUACAGCGGCUAAAAGUAGGGAAUUGUACAACAGCUCUCUGCAGUUUCUGGACUCCUGUACCAACACUUACAACAUGUGGAUUGGGGUGACAGACGAAGAGCAAGAAGGUGUCUGGAGGAGGAACUCUGACAAUACAAUUUUAACUGACUUAGCCUGGGAAAAUGGUCAGCCAGAUGGACAGAGAAUACAGAACUGUGUAUAUAUGUCAGUGUUCUCUGGCCUGUGGAGCGACGAGGACUGUGGACUUGGCAUCCUUUCCUGUAUAUCAUGUACUAAGAGACAGAACCCGCCGCUUAUUCUCAGAGGGAUGUGCUUCAGGACGGAGGCCGAGACUUCUUUCGAAAUCCUAGGAUACAUCAACAGGAUUCCGUAUUUCCAUGGGUUCUAUGGUUUAAUGAUUUACAUGACUGAACCAGGCUCUUGGGUUCUGUUCGACACAAAAAUUAAUGCGACAUUAGCCACUUUAUCUAUGAAUUCGGUCAGCGACUUUCCUAUUGGCCGAAAAACUUGGAUUGUCAAGAAUCCUGUCUGUGAUCUUCCCCAGCACUCUAAAUUAGAGCUCAACCUCUCGCCUUGUCACAGCACAGAGUUUACCUGUGGCAAUGGAGACUGCGUUACCAAAGAACAACGCUGUAACUCUCGCGACGACUGCAGUGAUUUCUCUGACGAGAAUGAUUGUCAUCUUGUAAUGAAACCGGAGAGUUAUCGCUUUGAGAGACCCCCAGACUCACUGCAUACAGGCAAACCUCUCCAGCUUUCCUCCUUAGUCCAAGUUCUCCGGUUCACGGAUAUUAACGAUGUCAGGAGAAUUGUUAGCAUCGAACUGAUCGUGAUGCUCUUGUGGAAGGACACGCGGCUUAAGUAUCUCAACCUGAAGGAUACGAUGGAGUGGAACAGACUCACACAGCAAGAAAUAGACAUGAUAUGGAGACCUGUCCUGGAAUUUCCCAACGUUCAAGAUGGUCAAGUAAGAAUGUUGAAAGAGAGGUUGUACUUGGACAAAGCUGGUGAGCCUCUUCCCGUAGAAUUCAAUGAUAUAAAAAUGGGUAAGAUUCUAUCAUCUUUCUCUCCUAAAGCUUCGGUAUAUAGUGACAAAGCAAUAUUUUACUAA